AUGACGAAACUUCCACAGGACGGGUCCAACGACUCGCAGAGUAAAUUCAAGGAUGAGCAGAUCGAGAGUCGAGAGAUGGCUGCGCCGGCGCGAGCUGGGUUUGGUACGAAAGUAAAGAGACAUUGUGCGCGGUUUUGGUGGGUGCACGUAAUCGCAUUCUGUCUGAUAUUCCUGAUCAUUGCGCUGUGCUUAGUCUACGUUGGUAUGCCCAAGAUCGCACAACACGAUGUCGAUAGAUCGUCCUUGGAAUUCAAGGCCCUGAAAUUCGAAAACCCAUCAAUGGAAGAAAUCACCCUUACGCAAGAUGGUGUCCUCCACAAUCCCUCCAUGUAUACACCAACCCUCGAUUCUUUCAAAGCUGGAUCAUACUUGGUCACCAAUGGAUCAUUCGGUGCAAAAGCUAUUAUCGAUGUCCAGAUGCCAGAGAUCCACGCUACGAAACCACAAUCAGAUCAAGGAGUGUUUAAGCAGGUCGUACCAAUCGUCGAUAUCGACCAACUCACCGCCUACGCGACCGAAGUUGUUGGAAACGAGUACGUGGAGACAGCAUUGGCCGGGAAGACAAAACUCCAUCUCGGAGCUCUCCCAGUCGUAAACGUCAAUUACAACUCUACCAGCCGAUACAAGGGUCUCAACGGUCUCAAAGGCUUCAACGUAACCAACGUCCGCAUCAACAUAACCGCGGCAGCCGGCACCCCCAAUCUCGUCGGCAACGCAUUCGUCCCCAACCCCUCCGUCAUGACCAUCGAAAUGGGCAACGUCACCCUCUCCCUACGCACCGAGAAGGCCGGAUUCAUCGGCACCACCACGAUCCCAAACUUCACCCUCGUCCCCGGCGACAACAACUUCCCCAUGACUGGCACGCUCAACCAGACGGCCGUCCUCGCAUCCAUGGUCGACGGCAUCGCAACCAUGCUCAUCAAGGGCCAGAACGUCACGUAUAACGGCGUGGCGCUCACUUAUUAUGAGGCUGCGCUGGCGUCGCAUGAACUCGUGUUGCCGAUGAAUGUCCUGCAGAUUGUGGCGGAUUCGGCGAAGCCUGAGUAA